AUGGCUCUCACGACACUCUGCCUCGGGCAAGUGGCGCUUCCAGCGGACAUUGGGCGCCUGAGUAAUCUCCAGACCCUUCUUGUCAGGGACAGUUGUCAGCAGCGUUAUCUCCCUUCCUCGCUGACUGACAUAUCUUCGUUGACGAGGCUUGAGCUGGGCCUGUGCGGUGUGGAACGGCUUCCAGAGGGCGUGGGAGAGCUGAGCAACCUGCGGGAGCUGCACAUCUCCUCCUGCUCUCAUCUCACGGCCGUUCCAGCGUCUGUAACGCGCCUGACGCGCCUUGAAGCCCUCACGUUCUCUGACUGCAGAAAGCUCGCCUUCGCGCCCACACGGUUGGAUGGCCUUACGCGGCUGAAGCAGCUUGAGGUAGCCUCGUCAUUGCAGCAGCUGCGGAGGCUGAAGCUGAAAUGUGCGGAGGAAUUGAGGGAGCUGCCAGCGAGUGUGAGUGCGCUGCAGAACCUCACGUCCCUGGAGGUUCACUCUGCACCCCAACUGGCUUCCCUUCCACGUGGCAUCGGUGCCUUAUCCCGGCUGCGGCAGCUGCAACUCAUUCUCUGCGAGCAACUUGACGACCUGCUGCCCUCUCUCACCCAGCUUACCUGCCUGAACCAGCUGUCGAUUCCGCACAGCUCCAUCCGCGCCCUGUGUCCCAGCUUUGCUCAGCUUACACGGCUCAAGUCCCUUUGUUUGACUGGCUGUGCGAGGCUGCAGGUGUUGCCAGAGGAGUUGAGUGAGCUCAAGGGACUGCAGAGGCUGGAUGUGCAAGGGUGUGGCCAUGUGAUUGACACUGAUGGGUCUGUGCUCCCCAGGAGCGUCAACCAGAUGUAUGGAUUGAAGAUAUUCACAUGA